UAUUUUAUUUCUUAAUUUCUGUUUAAAAUCCAAAGCUUUCUAAAGCUUUUGAAGGAGCAUCGUGACCUGUGAAGCGCAUUAAAAGCAGCGUCUACUUCAUACAGUCAAAAUAGAUAAAAAAAAGUUGAAAAUUUUUUGAAAGCUUUUCUUUUUUCAAUUCAUAUCAUACUUUAAGAAAUGUGUGAAGAAGGAAAGCUAUUAUUACAUAAAAGAGUGUAAAGAUAUAAAGAAAAUAAGUUUUAUUUGAGACAAUCGAUGAAUAAGAUAUAAGAAAAAAUAAACAUUAACAGUGGCAAAAUAUUUUCAAUUUCACUUUGAGUCGCAUUUGAAAAAGAAGAAAAUCAAAAAAGGUGAAAAUUUGUUCAUUUUGUUAAGAAUGUGAAUUUUCCCUUACAUACAGAGUGAAAUAAAAAUAUUAACUCAAGGAAAUACUAAAAUUUCUGGAUAACUAAUCAGUGAGGACACAACGAGAAUCUGUUUUUCAUGGAAAUGAAAUGAGAACAUAAUGAUGAAAAAGUUUUAAUGAUAUAGAUUAACAAUUAUUUAUUAAGGGCAGGGAAUUGUUUGUGAUAUAUUAUUUGAGGCAAGCAAUGAUAAUAACAUUGGAGUUAUCUACAUAAAAAAAAGUUUAUCGUAAAUAUUUUCCUUCAUUCUUCUUUCUGAAAGAAGAAUAAAAAUUAUUCCAAUAUUCGAUUGAAAUUGAUAAGAGAAUAAAUUUUUAUUGAAGAUUGUAAUUGAAGCACUCCAGCUUGAAAAGCUUUCAAUUCUCAUUUUUUAAGAUCAAAAAUCAACACUUUGUAUCAUUCUCAUGUGGAGUGUCAUAAAAAAGAAAAGAGAAUAAAUUAUAUGGAGGACGACAUUGCAAUAACAAAUAAGAUUCUUAAAAGCGGGAAAACGAGAAGCGAAAGGAAAUAAAAAGAAAUUGAGGAUAGUUAUCACCAAUUUAAAGAAAAAAAGCACAAAAUUCAUAAAAUGAAUCAGAAUGACAAAAUGAAUCGCCGAUGUUAAGUGAAAUUUGACAUAAACGAUUGAAAGUUAUUUUUAGUUUUUGGAGUUGAUUCAGAUUUCAUUGGGAGAUUUAAAAGUUGAUGAAUAAAUAAACAGCUAAGUUAGAUUGAUGUGUUAAAAGUUUUGUAGUGUGAAACAACGGAAAAAUAUAACAAAUAUGAGAGUUAUCAUAGUCAGACCUUAAAUCUUAAAAGCAGAGAAAUGGCAGAUUUAGGUCGCAUUAUACUGAUCGGGGUGCUCUCAACGCUUGGCAUCAUCGUUUUGUUGCUCAUCUUGUUGGCGGCAGCAUACUUUUGGUGGCGGCACAAGCGCUCUCAGCUUGAAUUUGUUGAACCAACAGAUGAAAAUGAGACAAGCAGUGGGAGUUUAAAGUUCCAACAACUUCUUGAAAGUCAACAACAAGAACAACUUCUUUUGGAACAACAAAAACAACAACAGCAACAGCAACAAGCAGGUUCACAACAAAAUAAUAUAAACAGAAAACUCAAUGGAUUUUUGAACCUUAAGACACCCUUGAUCGGAUCAUCGAGCACACAAAUGAAAUCUCCUGCUGGUUCUAGUUCAGGUGCUGAAGGUGACUCACGUGGGGCAACUAUAAACAAGGACAAAGAUAAUGCAACUAAUCGGAGUGUGUCAAUGGUUGAUAUGUAUAUUGACAACUCUGAGCCAAGCGAAAAUGUUGGACAAAUUCAUUUUUCAUUGGAAUAUGAUUUCCAAAAUACGACACUUAUACUUAAAGUCAUUCAAGGAAAGGAACUUCCAGCAAAAGAUCUUAGUGGAACUUCCGAUCCUUAUGUACGAGUGACCCUCCUUCCAGAUAAAAAACAUCGCCUUGAAACGAAAAUAAAACGUCGCACACUCAAUCCUCGCUGGAAUGAAACAUUCUAUUUUGAGGGUUUCCCAGUCCAAAAGCUCCAGUCUAGGAUACUGCACCUUCAUGUAUUUGACUAUGAUCGUUUUUCGCGCGAUGAUUCGAUUGGCGAGGUGUUCUUGCCACUGUGUCAGGUGGACUUUACCGGGAAACCUUCAUUUUGGAAGGCUUUGAAGCCACCAGCAAAGGAUAAGUGCGGCGAGUUGUUAUGUUCGUUAUGUUAUCAUCCAUCGAACUCCAUUUUGACUCUCAGUCUUGUUAAAGCAAGAAACUUAAAGGCAAAAGAUAUCAAUGGAAAAUCUGAUCCUUAUGUUAAAGUCUGGCUUCAAUUUGGUGAUAAGCGAAUAGAAAAGAGAAAGACGCCAAUUUUCAAAUGUACAUUAAAUCCACACUUCAAUGAUUCAUUUAGUUUUAAUGUGCCAUGGGAGAAGAUAAGAGAAUGUUCAUUAGACGUCAUGGUGAUGGAUUUUGAUAACAUAGGUCGUAAUGAAUUGAUUGGACGAAUAUUGUUAGCGGGAAAGAAUGGCUCGGGAGCAUCAGAAACUAAGCACUGGCAAGACAUGAUUUCAAAACCACGUCAGACAAUCGUUCAAUGGCAUCGAUUGAAACCGGAGUAAGAUUGAAUUAGGAAGAAAUAAGUUUAUUAUAUAAAGAGAUUAGUUGAUGCUUGAGCGAGGACAACGUUGAUGUUUCAUCCUAUGGUAAAAAUAAUUUUACGUUACAUUUAAUUUUGCGAAUAUGGCGGAAAAUAAAUUCAACAAUCGCCUCUUUGUAUAAUUCUAUUAAGACUUGAAGAAGGCUACUUUUGCGAAGUCCCCAUUUGUAAUUCCCAUUCCAAUCUUGUCUCUAAUUGAAAUGCAAUUAGAAUUGCUUAUAUCUUCUGCAUGCUCUUAUCAUUAUUAAACAGCAGCACGUGCUUCAAAAGCCAAACUUGACUGUAUUAUCAAUUAAUUUUUAAUUUUCUUAACUAAUUAGAUUUGUUGCUGAAGAUGUUUAGAUUGAAUCGCUAGAGAAUAUUUAUAAUUAGUAAAGAGAAGAGUUAGUUCGUUAUAACUUGUUAUUUGAAUAAACCUGUAAUAAGAAUAUCAAGA